GGGAGAAUAAAAGACAUUUCAAGUAGAAGAAUUCUUGAUGAUGCCACACGAAAACGCCGUCAAAAGCGCCAUCUUGAGGCCUUGGAAAAGGAUAACUUUCAAGAAGAUCCUCACUCUCACCUGACAGUGGUCCCUGCCAAAAUGAAGGUCCCUGCUUUCAAUGAUACCAUGGAAGGUAAUAAUUUAUUAUGGAGGUUGCAAAAGUGUAAGCUACAAUCAAAAACACAUUAUUAGUUGACGUUUUUGGCCCCUACCUGCAUCCUCACAGGUAAUUAGUUAGCACUUGUAUUCCCAUCUUUUGCACCAAAAAACAGUGCCCUUAACAAUACUAAACUUUAGUACUAAAACAGUGGAUAGUGUUUUUUACAUGCUCUGACUUGGGAUAUCCAGUGCUAUUUACUGAUUCACCUUCAGGCUCCAAGCGAUGCCAAACUGGCGUAGUUAUGAGCUAAAUGGCUUCUCAGGUUGCUACUGUAACAAAUGGAGAAAUUUCACAAAUAAAUGAAGAAGCUAUUCCCGAAAAAUGUUCAUGAAGAAGGCAACAAAAUCCGGAAUGGCAUUUUUAUGGGUGAAGCUUUGUCUGAUCUGUUUAACCUAGAAUUUAUCAGUGAAAAAGUUUCUUUUUUCCAAAUGCGAAGUAAGUCUUGCAUUACUUCAUGUAGCUGACAAGUUCAUAAUUAUAAUUAACAACUUGAAAACUAAGUGAAAUGGUUUUUUUGAAUGGUUUCAAAUACAGAAAGAAUUUACAACUCUUCUUGAAAAAAUGUCCCCACAACCGCUAGUCAAAUGUCUUCAAAAGUUUAUAUUACAUAAUUAUUACAUGGGCAAGAAAACACGACAGCCGUUUCCUCAAUUGUGUGCCAAAAUUGUAAUCGUUGGCAGCAAUCAAUGAGUUAAAAACCAUCAUUUUCACCUCAAUUGUCCACACUUUGGUGAAUAACUGUCAUAAUUUAUAUCACUGUUCACAGAUAAAAGAAAGAAAAGGAGAUCAAAAACAGGAGAGCUGUUUAAACAGGUCUGUAAAAUAAUAUAAGUUAAUGCUCAGCACAUUUCAGUUGACAAUACGACUAUAAACUUACAAGUCUGUAAGGGAGUGGAAGUGGAUAUAGUUUUUAGGGAACUUUCAAACUCAACGUGUGACAUAUAUAGGAUCUGCAACUUUUGUCAUCGCUUCAUGAAGUUUUGAAGAUUGUGCCAGUAUUGUGUGUUCAUUUUUGUACAUGUAUGCAUAAUAAUAAUCAGUGCAUAAAUUACUUAAUUUUUCUGGGGGCAUUAACAAUAUUAUCAUUUCUUUUGUUUUAUCUAAUUAUUGCAGAGAUUUCGAAGAACGUUUACCAUGCUACUAGAGGAGGCAGUAAGUAACAAUGAUUCUUUUAACUCUGAAGUCAUUAUUUAACCAACCUUAGAAGAAGAACAUUAAAUUUAGGAGAAAAGAUUUCACUUUAGAAUAGCAGACUGUGGACUGCAUGGUUCCUCUUACAAAUGCUGUUCUUGGAAAUCAUGCUUUCCAUGUGUAACCUACAGAUUAGCCAGUUUCCUGUAACUUAUGCUAGCAGCUAUAACUAAACUAAUCUGUACAGCAGGCUGUAGGGCUGAUUUCCAAAAUUAACUGUAGCCAUAUGCAUGACUGCAAUAUCUACUACAUGUAAUAUGAUAUUAAAUAAAUGUCCAUUUUUAUCCAGGAACAGGAAUCUGAAGUUGGUGAACCAUCCUAUUCCUCAGCCAAUGUUCCACCAUCUAAAUUUCCAGAAAGACACUUCUGUUCUGUGUGUGGAUAUCCUUUUAAAAGCAUUUUAAACCAUUAUCAAAGAUAUUUCCAUGGCUCCAGCAAAACAUAG